CUAUCAAUGUUCUUCCUGCUUUUGGAAAUACUCGCAUCCUCACUUUUAUCUUGGGACAAUAUGAACAUUAUGCAUUUCUUAUUGGGAUUGUACUGUGGGCUAGACAAACCGCAGAAAUUUGCACAGAAAUACUUCGUCAGAUUAAAUACUACUUGCUCCCUAGUAUCAACUUAUCAAAAAUCUACGUGGACUUUGAUUUAAAAAUAUUUAUACAAGAAGUUUUUCCAGAAAGUAAUAUUCAUGGCACCUAUAACAAUUACUGCCGAAUAUUAUACUAUGAGUCUUAUGAGAAAAAUGUGAGAAUCGUUAAUCCUUCUCAUGAAGAAUUUUUAAAAAGCUGCUUUUCUCUUAUUCUUCUACCCCAUGAGAAAAUAGAGGGAGGUUUUAACGAGUUGGUGAACAAUCUGACAAACGAUGCAAAUGUUCAGCUCACAAAUUUUAUUGGGUACUUCAGGACGACGUGGAUACAAGGGGUAGGUCCGACAAAUAUGUCUCUUUUCGAGGAAACUGACAGUUUAAAUACUGUACCAGUUUUAUUUUGGACAUCUCUUCAAAAUGACAUGGGCGAAAAACCUUCACUAUGGAAAUUUUUCGAAAAAUUCAUAGUUAUCAUCAACAAAUGUAGUAAAGAACUUGAACGCAUAAAGAAAAAAAAAAAUGCAUACGUCUCUACUGCCGUAUCUGUUCGCUUAUGCUGCAAUAAACAAUUAAUGAUCGAUCUAUGGAAGACUUUAAAGAAAUCGAAAAUUACAAUAUUACAGUUUUUGAAAACUGCAGCUUCUUAUCAGAUGGAUCAUUAUCGUGACAUACUCCACCAUGCAGAAGCCAUGCAAGAUGAACAACUGGAUAUUUACCCCCAAUUACCGGAUGAAGUUGACGCAGAAGUUCAUGAUAAUGAUGAUCAAGAAGGAAUCGAAAAUGUUGAGUUUGCUGAUUAUAAUAUUGAAAAUGAAGUUGUUGAAAAUGAAGAUGAAGAUAUGGAGGAGACGGGAGAUGAUGAAAUCCCUCAGGACAAGUGUCAAAUAUGCAUCAAGGGACCGCGAGAAAUUAUUGUCCACCCGUGCUGCCACUUACCGUAUGUGCCAAGUCUGCUCAAAAAAAGUGCAGAAAACAGCUCAAGAGAAACGUCUCCCGUUAAAAUGUCCAUUUUGCAAUGAGCUGGCUCAAAUGUUUUGUCGUGUUUUCUGAAAUUUAAUUACUUCUUAAAUCAUUUGAUUUUUUAAACUAUUAUUUAAAACAUUUUAAUUUUUUGAACUAUUCUUUACUAAACUUUGAUACGCAUACUAUUUGAAUAACU